CCCAGAAGUUGAAUAUUGUGGAUAUUCUGUACCUCAUCCUUCUGUCCAUGACAUUAAUUUCAGAAUUCAAACAAAACGUGUUCCUGCAGCUGAAGUAUUUAAAAAAGGUUUAGAAGAUUUACAGACUUUGUGUGAGCAUAUGAAUACCAGAUUUCAGGAAGCUUUGGAUGUUUUUAGUUCCGACAAACAUGAAAAAGAACUUGAAGGGAUGGAUACAUAAUCAUCACAGUAAAUCUCAUAUGUUUUUGUUUGUAUAUAUAUUAUAUCAAUUUCAAAUAUUUGUAUGUUUGUUAAAAUAAAACAGAUAAACUGAAA